CGAGUACGUAAUUGCACAGCAAACGGACCCUGCGAAACCUCUUUACGCAUAGUUGUUGCAGCACCGAGCACGCAACUUGGAUCGCUUCCAACACACGGCUAUAAUAUCCACUGCCAAAAACAGCUUUGCAUACCAUGAGAUCAGCGACGCUGCUCGUCGCGUUGCAUUCGACGCAAGCGCUGCUGGCACCCAGCACCGUCACGAAAACGCCGGCGAGGGCCGCGCCGACGGCGAACGAGGAACGUGAAAUGUGCCGCGCAUUACCGUGGCUCGAGCGGCCAGCGGGUCUGGACUCGCUGAAGGACGCGGACUACGCUUUGUAUUUGCAGGCCGGCGAUUUUGGGUUUGACCCGCUCGGCUGGGCGGAAGUAGGAUGGGGUCUGAACGAGGGCGAGAGCCAGGACGAGCGCGACGACCGCUUGUACGCCUACCGCGAGGCGGAGCUGAAACACGGCCGCCUCGCCAUGCUCGCGGCCGUGGGCUGGCCGCUGAGCGAGCUCUACGACGGCCGGCUCUCGAUGCGGUUGGGGAUGCGACCCGAGCUCGUGAACGUCGACGACAGCGGCGUCGGCCUCGCGCCGUCAUUACUCAACGGCGGCCUCGGCCAGGUGGCGACGGGCUACUGGGGCGUCGCCUUGUUCCUCGGAGCGUAUUGGGAGGGCAUCGGCGUGCGGCGGCUCAAAGGCCGCGCGCGCGAGGGGCAGAAACGCGCGCCGGGCGACCUGGGCUUCGACCCCCUGGGGUUGUUGCCCGACAAGAGCGCACCAGAACGACGAAAGCGCAUGCUCGAGCAAGAAUUGACGCACGGAAGGACCGCCAUGCUCGCCAUCGUCGGGUUUGCGAUCCAGGAGUUCCUCACGAAGGUGCCGGUCGUCGAGGAGACGCCGCAGUUCUUCGUGCCGCCCGAGGGCGUCGAGCAGGCCUUCUUCCCGCACGUCGGCGAGAACUUUUUCUUGCGCAAGGACGUCGAGGCCGAGUUCUACCUGUUCGAACUCGUCGGCGAGAUCCUCAAGGGCUUCCUGCCCACGGUGCCCCACUAG